AUGGCCCGUACCAAGCAAACUGCUCGUAAAUCUACCGGAGGAAAAGCUCCCCGUAAGCAGCUGGCAACAAAAGCCGCACGCAAAAGUGCACCGUCUACCGGAGGAGUUAAGAAGCCGCAUCGCUACCGGCCUGGAACAGUCGCUCUACGUGAAAUCCGACGUUAUCAAAAAUCGACUGAGCUGCUCAUCCGUAAGCUGCCGUUCCAACGUUUGGUUCGUGAAAUUGCUCAAGAUUUCAAAACGGAUCUGCGUUUCCAGAGCGCUGCUAUUGCGGCUUUGCAAGAGGCAAGCGAAGCGUACUUGGUAGGAUUGUUCGAAGAUACCAACUUGUGCGCCAUCCACGCCAAGCGCGUUACUAUAAUGCCAAAGGAUAUCCAGUUGGCUCGUCGCAUCCGUGGUGAACGCGCCUAA